UCCAGGCUAGGCAUUAGAGCAAGACCAUGCCUCAAAAAUAAAUAAAUAUAAAAAAGACAUUGGAGACAUUGGGAAGGGGGUUCUAGGUGGCAGUGCUCCUGGGGAAGCCCUCUGCCCCACCGAAGACAUGAAGUUCCUGGGAGAGCAGGUGGUUUGCAAGGCUCAGGUUUUCGUCCACCUUGUGCAGAUUUAGAAGGCAAAGUCAUACCUGCUGGGCAGGGAAGACCGAGGCAGUGAGGUAGGAGCAGUAGGGAAGCCAGUUUGUUCCAGGUGCUUAGAAUUGUGUUUGUGUCUACUCUGGAGGUUGCUGAGGGCUGGGGUGCACUCGUUGGUGCAGGGGCUCAUAGGUUUCUGGGUAAUAUCAAGUAUUCUGGUUUCAGAAGGUGACCUGGUAGGCCCACGUGCCCCAGUGCCAAGUAAACUGUUUCUCAAGUCUGCUGCAGUUGCCUCCAAAGAAGAUAGAAAAGGGGAGUAGCUAGGAUUCCAAAACAGAGAGCUUACCAACCUGGCUGAGAGCCAUGUGGAGAAGGGUCCCGCCCUAGACAGUAUUCCUGGUCCCUUGGGUCCAUUUACUCCUCAUUUUUUUUUUUCAGUCUGAUCCCAAAUUAGUAGUUACAGCCCUCUGAGAGAGACAGUGAUGAGAAAAGAGGUUCCUACACUCAAGCCAGAACUGGGAUGCAGGCUGUUCAUGCUCUGGCUUCAGUUCAUCUACUGACAGGGCGCCAUUAGAUACCAUUCCUCUCUCUGGGACACAAAGAGAGCUGUUCCCAGGUCUUAUCUCUGUUGCUCUAUGCUCUUCUGAGCUUGAUGGCCCUUAGCACAGGGCCAGGGAGUGGGGGAAAAGCAGAACUUUUACUAGGAAUUGCUAUUGGAAGCAGCCCCCAUUGCCAACAUGUACGCAGUCUUGCACACGGCUUUUCUGAACAGACUUUAUAUUAUGGGUUAUCACCACAAAACAUCCCUUUGGGGCCUGGUGGCCAACACCACAGAGUUCAGGGCCAUUAAUUUUUCUCCCAUCCAGAGAGUGCAUGGUGUCCAGAAUCUGUGGUUACCAGGAGAGCGAGGUGCAGAGAACCUGGCUCUGCUCCCAAGCAUGAUUGCUGCUGACCAGCCCUUGGGCAGGGACUGGGGAGGUGGGAGAGAAUUCCCAGGUGGCAAGGGACUGGGAGUGCAUCCUGGAGUCCAGUACAGAAACCUCUGAGGGGACCAGGUCCUGUAGAAAAAUGAGGUACUAAGAAAGCCUGGGAUUGGCGGUUAUCUUGUUACGGGGAGGAGAGUUUGCCUCUGGGGCCCACCACCUUGAGAAAUAUGCAUGCUGUGGCUCAGGCAGGCGGUCAAGAGAGAGUCAUUGUAUUUGAUUUGCAAGUUACUAACAGAGACUGCCAUGUGCCAGCAAGGUGUGGUGCAGAUAGGCACGGCUUCCACAUGUCACCACAGAGAUCAUGAUAAAUGAAGGGCCAAGGUGGCAGACCCAUAGUGAGUGCUGUGGAAAAAGAGGAGGGGGGAGAUUAGGGGGAGCUUCCCAAGGAGAUAGACUUGGUCUGGACCUCAAAGGAUGGGCAGAAUUUUAAUCGGUAGAGCGGCAUCUUCUGACCAAGCUUUGUCAUCCAAAGCAUGGAGGGCAGUCAGCGGGAGUCUCCCUGUGCCUAGGCUGCCCCUCCCCAGCAGCGCCUGCCUGCAGGGAGUUCUCCUUUCUCAGCUCUGAAGAGGAAUGGUGGCUGCCUCUGAGACACAGAGCCAAAGGAUCACCCCAAAAGUUUCUCAAAAAUACCCCUUCUUCCCCAAGUCUGACUGGCAGAGGGCUUCUGUGUCCACCCAGUACCCGCUCCAGGCAGCCUCUGGGUCUCCUGGCCUCCUGUCUCCUUGACCCUGAGCUGGACAGCAAGAGGGAAAGGUGUCUGCCGUGGACUGGUGGCCUCAGGGCUCAUCCCUGCCUUCUCCAACCCCAGCCGGCCUCCACCUCCCCUGGGGGCUUUCUGCUGCUGACCAGCUUUGGGCCCUACUAUAGGUUUGCUUGCUGGGCUUAGGAGCCUCGAGAGAGGUAGCCAUUUCCUAAAGAAAAGAUUUCUGUCUCAGAUUAUCUGGGAAAGAGGCUGAGUCGGUCCCUUCUCUGAGGAAACAGAGGCAGCAGGACAUAGGAUGGGGCAGUAGGAGGAAAAGGGUCUGCACUGCAGGGUCCUUGGGCCAUGCACUCCUGACCUUACCACUUCACAGUUCACAGUUCCCACCAGAUCUGACCUGACCUCUGGGCCAUGACCCAGUCCCUCCCCCCUGUGGAAACCUCUGUGUCCCCACCUGCUCCUUUCACUCCCACCUGGGAGGCUCUGAGCAGGCCGGGCUCCCCCUCUCCAGGUCUGCUCCCCCCAGCUGGGCUCUCCCACCUCUGGCCCCGCCUCACCGGCCCUCUUCUUUCCCUUGGGCAAUAGGAGCUUGGUUUGGCUGCCCAGGGAAGAUCGUAUCUGACCACAGAAGGGAGGGCUGAGGGCACUGCUGGGUGAGCUGAGGCCUCCUUAGGUUCUUGCUGUGGCCUGAGCUCAAGUCACUCAGAAGGUUGCCUGAGGAAGAGGGAGCUGGGGAGCCCUCUUCGCCAGCAGGGGGACUGGAGGAGCUGGAUGGGGUGGAGUUUUCUCAUUUCGGUUAGCUUCUGGUGGAGGUCCCAGGCUUUGGCAUGCUCAAGCUUGGAGUGGCAGGGAGCAGGCCUGGCUUGACCCUCUCUCCUUCCUGCUCCUUCUCCUCACCCCUUGCUGCAGCUCCUUCACUCCGUCUCUCUUCUCUCUACAGAUGGGACCCAGGUGAGCCCGGGUGCCCACUGUCGCAGCCCCACUGGCACAGCUCUCCAUGGACACGCCGAUGCCCGAGUUGCAGGUGGGACCCCAGGAACAAGAGCUGCGGCAGCUUCUGCACAAGGACAAGAGCAAACGAAGUGCUGUAGCCAGUAGCGUGGUCAAGCAGAAGCUGGCAGAGGUGAUUCUGAAAAAACAGCAGGCAGCCCUAGAGAGAACAGUCCAUCCCAACAGCCCCAGCAUUGCCUACAGAACCCUGGAGCCCCUGGAGACGGAAGGAGCUGCCCGCUCCAUGCUCAGCAGCUUUUUGCCUCCUGUUCCCAGCCUGCCCAGUGACCCCCCAGAGCACUUCCCCCUGCGCAAGACAGUCUCUGAGCCCAACCUGAAGCUGCGCUAUAAGCCCAAGAAGUCCCUGGAGCGGAGGAAGAAUCCACUGCUUCGAAAGGAGAGUGCGCCCCCCAGCCUCCGGCGACGACCUGCAGAGACCCUCGGAGACUCUUCCCCAAGUAGUAGCAGCACGCCCGCGUCAGGGUGCAGCUCCCCCAAUGACAGCGAGCACGGCCCCAACCCCAUCCUGGGCUCGGAGGCGCUCUUGGGCCAGCGGCUGCGGCUGCAGGAGACUUCUCUGGCCCCAUUCGCCUUGCCGACAGUGUCCUUGCUGCCCGCUAUCACGCUGGGGCUGCCCGCCCCUGCCAGGGCUGAUAGUGACCGCAGGACCCAUCCAACUCUGGGCCCUCGGGGGCCGAUCCUGGGGAGCCCUCACACUCCCCUCUUCCUGCCCCAUGGCCUGGAGCCCGAGGCUGGGGGCACCUUGCACUCUCGCCUGCAGCCUAUUCUCCUUCUGGACCCCUCAGGCUCUCACGCCCCGCUGCUGACUGUGCCCGGGCUUGGGCCCCUGCCCUUCCACUUUGCCCAGUCCUUAAUGACCACCGAGCGGCUCUCUGGGUCAGGCCUCCACUGGCCACUGAGCCGGACUCGCUCAGAGCCCCUGCCCCCCAGUGCCACUGCUCCCCCACCGCCGGGCCCCAUGCAGCCCCACCUGGAGCAGCUCAAAACUCACAUCCAGGUGAUCAAGAGGUCAGCCAAGCCGAGUGAGAAGCCCCGGCUGCGGCAGAUACCCUCGGCUGAAGACCUGGAGACAGAUGGUGGGGGACCAGGCCAGGUGGUGGAUGAUGGCCUGGAGCGCAGGGAGUUGAGCCACGGACAGCCCGAGGCCAGAGGCCCCGCACCUCUUCAGCAGCACCCCCAGGUGUUGCUCUGGGAACAGCAGCGACUGGCUGGGCGGCUCCCCCGGGGCAGCACCGGGGACACUGUGCUGCUUCCCCUGGCCCAGAGCGGGCACCGGCCCCUGUCCCGGGCUCAGUCUUCCCCAGCCGCACCUGCCUCACUGUCAACCUCGGAGCCCGCCAGCCAGGCCCGAGUCCUCUCCAGCUCAGAGACCCCUGCCAGGACCCUGCCUUUCACCACAGGGCUGGUCUAUGACUCGGUCAUGCUGAAGCACCAGUGCUCCUGUGGAGACAACAGCAGGCACCCAGAGCACGCCGGCCGCAUCCAGAGCAUCUGGUCCCGGCUGCAGGAGCGCGGGCUCCGGAGCCAGUGUGAGUGUCUCCGAGGCCGGAAGGCCUCCCUGGAAGAGCUGCAGUCGGUCCACUCUGAGCGGCACGUGCUCCUCUAUGGCACCAACCCGCUCAGCCGCCUGAAACUGGACAACGGGAAGCUGGCAGGGCUCCUGGCACAGCGGAUGUUUGUGAUGCUGCCCUGUGGUGGGGUUGGGGUGGACACUGACACCAUCUGGAAUGAGCUGCAUUCCUCCAAUGCAGCCCGCUGGGCUGCUGGCAGUGUCACCGACCUCGCCUUCAAAGUGGCUUCCCAUGAGCUGAAGAAUGGUUUUGCCGUGGUGCGGCCCCCAGGACACCAUGCAGAUCAUUCAACAGCCAUGGGCUUCUGCUUCUUCAACUCAGUGGCCAUCGCCUGCCGGCAGCUGCAACAGCAGAACAAGGCCAGCAAGAUCCUCAUUGUAGACUGGGACGUGCACCACGGCAACGGCACCCAGCAGACCUUCUACCAAGACCCCAGUGUGCUCUACAUCUCCCUGCAUCGCCAUGACAAUGGCAACUUCUUCCCGGGGAGCGGGGCUGUGGAUGAGGUAGGGGCUGGCAGCGGUGAGGGCUUCAAUGUCAAUGUGGCCUGGGCUGGAGGCCUGGACCCCCCCAUGGGGGAUCCUGAGUACCUGGCUGCUUUCAGGAUAGUUGUGAUGCCCAUCGCCCGAGAGUUCUCUCCAGACCUGGUCCUGGUGUCUGCUGGGUUUGAUGCUGCUGAGGGCCACCCAGCCCCGCUGGGUGGCUACCAUGUUUCUGCCAAAUGUUUUGGGUACAUGACACAGCAGCUGAUGAGCCUGGCAGGAGGUGCAGUGGUGCUGGCCUUGGAGGGUGGCCAUGACCUCACAGCCAUCUGUGAUGCCUCUGAGGCCUGUGUGGCUGCUCUUCUGGGCAACAAGGUGGAUCCCGUUUCAGAAGAAGGCUGGAAACAGAAACCCAACCUCAAUGCCAUCCGCUCUCUGGAGGCCGUGAUCCGGGUGCACAGUAAAUACUGGGGAUGCAUGCAGCGCCUGGCUUCCUGUCCAGACUCCUGGGUGCCUAGGGUGCCAGGAGCUGACAAAGAAGAAGUAGAGGCAGUGACCGCACUGGCAUCCCUCUCUGUGGGCAUCCUGGCUGAAGACAGGCCCUCGGAGCAGCUGGUGGAGGAGGAAGAACCUAUGAAUCUCUAAGGCUCUGGAACCAUCUGCCUGCCCAUCAUGCCCUUGGGACCUUGUUCUCUUCUAACCUGUGGCAGUUCCUGGGUCUUUGGAGAUCCUGUGGGCAGGUAGUUGGGACCAGAGAAUAACCUGCCUGCUUUGACAGUCAUCCAGGGAGCCUGCAAAAUCCCUGCGUCUAGAAUGGGGACUGGAGAGGACCCUGAGAGGAGGCAGGCUGGGCGGUGAGCCCCCGAAGUGCUCUCAAGAACAGAUUCUACCCUCCGGGGUCUGGGCCCUGGCUGUGGCCCCCAUUCCUCAGGACUGCACAGAGGAGAACUGGCUCCGGCUCCGUCGGACUCACCCUUAACCACUAUUCCUGGCUCUGCAGACCCCAGACUUUGCACACAGCCCCAGGCUCCACACAGAAAUGUGAACUUGGCCUCAGACCGGGUGGCCCUUCCUAGGCUCUAGGGGCUGGGAGGGGAGUGGGGAGCCAAGAGGUCCCAUAUACCUGAGUGCAGUGGGAGUCCCUCUCACCUGCUUCCUCAGAUGACUCUGGAAGCUUCCCCUGGCCACCGGGCACUGAGGUGAAGCUCCCUGAUAGCCGAGACCGGCAGCCCUCCAUCUGUCCUGCCCCUGCCAGAGGCCUCCUACGUGGACCUCCUGUUGAUGCCCUGGUGUAGCGGACGGGUGCUCUGGGAGUCUUGCGCUUCCUGAUCCAAUGGUGCCAAACCCUUCAUCUCCCCCAGAAGCACAGCUUACCCCCAGGACCCCUCAGCCACUCCCCCUCCAGGAGCCUUCUCUGUUUCUGGGGCAUCCCCCGCACCACUCUGACUCCUGCCCCAUACAGGACUAGCCUGGCUGAGGGGGAAGCAGUGGGAGAGAAGAUUACAGACAUGGAGGAGGGGAGCCUGCUCUGGCAAAGUCUUCAAGGCUUUUGGGGGUCCAGGCCUGGGACCAAGAAGGAAAAUGUGUGUGAGCGUGUGCGUGAGUGAGGAGGGUGUGUGAACGUGUGCGAGUGAGGCGUGUGUGUGAGUGUCUUUCCUAGGACCCACCAUACCCUGUGUAUGUAUGCAUGUUUUUGUAAAAAGGAAAAAAAUGGAAAAAAAUCUGAACAAUAAAUGUUUUAUUUGCUUUAAAA